UCUCCGCUCCCCCGCCGGGCGGGCGCAGGACGCGGAGGGAGCCGUGGCAGGCCCAAGCAUGCGUGCGGCGCUCGGGCGGGCCUGGCGGGGGCUGCUGCCGCUGCUCCCGGCUCGGAGCUGCUGCUACGCCGGAGCGGGAAGGAGGAGGCGGCUGGUGCGGCCGCUGCCGCGCCGCGGCUGGCUCAGCACCAUGGCCCAGUUCGGCACGGAGCCGCGGGGGCGGCCCCACUCGCCCGAGUACCGCCUCUACUUUAAGAAUGCGGAGGGUAAAUAUAUUUCCCCGUUUCAUGACAUUCCUCUGUUUGCUGGAUCUAAAGAGGAUAAGGAGGUUCCUGCGAAGAGAUCAAAGACUAAUGGAAGUGAGCCCCACCAGACUGGUCUUCCAAAGAAGCCACCACCCAACAUAGCUGGUGAAACUGUAGUGUUUAACAUGGUUGUAGAAGUGCCUCGCUGGUCAAAUGCUAAAAUGGAGAUUGCCACCAAGGAACCAUUGAAUCCCAUUAAACAAGAUAUAAAGAGAGGCAAGCUUCGAUAUGUGGCCAAUAUCUUCCCUCACAAGGGUUAUAUAUGGAAUUAUGGUGCCCUCCCUCAGACUUGGGAAGAUCCACACCAUAAAGAUAAGGAUACAGGAUGCUGUGGUGAUAAUGAUCCCAUUGAUGUGUGUGAAAUAGGCACAAAGGUACACUCUCUUGGUGAGAUCAUUCAGGUAAAGGUUCUUGGAGUUAUGGCUCUUAUUGAUGAAGGAGAGACCGAUUGGAAGAUUAUUGCCAUCAGUGUGGAUGACCCAGAAGCCCAGAAAAUUCAUGAUAUUGAUGAUGUCAAGAAACACAAACCGGGUUAUCUUGAGGCUACAGCUGAGUGGUUCCGAUUCUAUAAGGUCCCAGAUGACAAACCGGAAAAUCAGUUUGCUUUUAAUGGAGAGUUUAAAGACAAGGAUUUUGCUGUUGAAAUUAUUAAAUCCACCCAUGAAUACUGGAAAGCUUUGCUUCAUAAAAAGGCUGACAGAGGUGCUAUAAAAUGUAUGAAUGUUUUGGUGCAUGACAGCCCCUUUUGUUGCAGCGAAGAGGAUGCCAGAUUAAUUGUGCAAUCAACACCACCACCUGCGAGAGGAGACUCUGUUUCUGCAGAAGUUGAUGUGUGGCACUUUCUUAACAAAUGAUCAUCGGAAUGUUCUGAAGUCACAUCAUCAAAUCUUAAAUCGUCCCUUUUUUCCUGAGUUUUGAAGACAAGCAGGUGAAUGUACUAAUUGCUGGGUUCCUGUUGGAACAACUUUUCAGGUAGCAUAAACCCUCUGUCAUGUAAAUAAACUGACAUUUUAAAAUGG